GCCUGCACGCGGGCAUUCCGACAGAGUUUACACGCACGCACCGUAGCAGCAACAGCAACGCGCUCUUGUGAUUUCGGAUAACUACCAGUCAGUCAGUGAACGAGAGAGAGAGAGACAGAUUUGUCAACAUGCCCGCUGUAAAGGAAAAUGCCGCUGGAAGUGGGAUCCCUACCGAACGUCAGCAACACCGCAGGGUGUUUAAGCCGAUCAUAGAGAAGCGUCGACGAGACAGAAUCAAUUGCUGUCUAGAAGAGCUAAAGAAACUAGUGCUGGAAGGAAUGAACAAAGAUACGACGCGUCAUUCCAAGCUGGAGAAAGCCGACAUACUCGAGAUGACCGUCAAGUAUCUGAAGUCGGUGCAGAUGCAGCAUCACGCGCUGGCGACGAGCGAGUUUAUGCACAAGUACCGCGCCGGAUACACGGAGUGCGCCACCAGCGUCGGACAGUACAUGGGAGCGCUGUCGCCCGCGGCGGCCGAGGGCCCGGAGAUGUCCGUACGGGAGCGUCUUAUGCAGCACCUACAGGGCAAGAUGCAGGCGAACCAGCCCGCCCGACAGGAGGCGCAACAGUCGAACAUCAAGCGCGAGCGGUCGAGUCCCCCGCAGCAACAGCAGCAGCAGAACGCCCCCGAACAGCGAUUGUCGCCACAGACGUCGUCGGCGCAGGAACCAAUGUGCUACAUUCCCGUUGGACUUAAGCUGGUGCCGACGCGUCUGCCAAGCGGCGACGUCGCCUACGUCGUUCCCGGCAGUCAGUUCAUGUCGCAGCAGCAGCUGCUGGAAUCGAUGAAGAUGGCCGGUCAGCACGACGUGACGUCACUGAGCCCGGCCGGAAGUCCGCUCUUGAAGGAGAUGUGGCGGCCGUGGUAGAUGCCGCCGACGCGCACAUGCAUGCAGUGUUGUUUUUCUAGUUAAACCGCUAGGUAUUCCUUACGUUGUUUUGUUGUUAUUCAAAGAGAGAAAGAUAUAUAUAAAGUGUGUUUCAGUAAUCUAGUGCGCAUAUAUAUUGUGUAGGUUUUUCUGGUUGCAUUUCUGCGUAUAACAACGGGCAACAUUAUAUGGCCUUCUGCAAUAGACGCAGCAAAGUACGUUUUCGUUGAGAGAAACGCCAGCCGCAUUUAGAGACGCUUGUAUAAACUCAUUCAUUCGAUUCAUGAUCUUGUAUUUUCGAAGCAUUAUUCGCAUAAUAGAUAGUACGGUAUCAUUUGUAACUAGCGCAUAGUCGAACGUGUAUAUUAAACUUUGUAAACAUUGUAAAUACGCGAGAGCGAUGAGAGUACGAGCACGUAUUCUAUAUGAUUAAAACGAUAUUUUUUACAAAUCUAAA